UGUGUGAUGUAUGCGCAUAAUUAAGCGUGUACAUGCAUAUAUGCAUUUGCUUGUAAAACUUUACGGCCAGUUCCUUGGGUGUAGAUUUACAGGCAUUUGAAGCCACUAAAAUUAUAAAAGCUUCGAAAUUAAUUUUAAAAACAAUUUUGAAAGGGGUAAGCAUUACUAUGGAAGAGAGUGAAAAGACAAAAAAAAUUGAAUUAAUGUUACUACGCGAGAGACGUUUUACAGUCCAAAAGGAAGAGAAACAAUUAUGUGCUAAACACUGGAUAAAGAAACCACGAAAAAUACCAUCAUAUAAAAAAUUUCAGCAAGAGAACCUAGAAAGUAAACAUCACUUGCAACCUCCAGAUGAUCCAUCAAAAUUUGUUAACAUUCGAAGCUACUGCAAUAAUAUAAUUGAAGACAAACACCUUUCGACAAAACGCUGUAGAGAACCUCAACCCUUGCAAUUUUUAAGCGCAUUUAAAAGUAAUCUCGCAUCAUUAAACCCACAUAAUGAAUUUAGUGAAACUGAUUUUUUGCGUUGCUAUACAAUUGUGACGCGACGAUGUACCUUAACGCGACUCUGUGCUGUGCUCCUUUUGAUUUCAGCGCGUGGUCACUCUAUGCAAAUGGCACGGGACCGUUCAAUAACUACCGUUACGCUAACUAUGUUAGCUAUACUAGCUACGGCUUCCACUCACGUUUUACCUGCUUCAACGUAUGAGCCCGUUUUAAGUUAUUCGCAGCGUAGAUUCUACAAUCAGUUCAGCAAUACGGAGGCUAUGGUUAUAGACGAUAUUGAUGUGCAUAGCAAUGAACAACAAUUGUUGGCCUAUUACAAGCAGGCACGGCAAGAGCAACAAGUGAAAAAACAAGAAAGCUUCCGUUAUCGUCCACGAGAUCAGGACAAUUCUUUGUUUAGUGAUCAUAUAGAAGUGAAAGGAAAUCGCACAGUUAAGAUAAACGCAACAAAGCGUUCAGCAGCCGCUAAGCCUGCAAAUCCUUAUGCAGCAGCAACAAAUUUUACGAGUACUACAAGUACAAAUACUACAGGUAUUUCCAUGACACCUCCGAUAAUUGCUGAAGAAAAAUGUGAAGCCAAAACUUUGGAUGAAAUACCAGCUGAACCGUAUUACGAUUUUAGGGAUAUAGCCGAGGACGCUGCUCGUCAAUUUACUGAAUUUUUAGCGAAUAAAUUUCCGUCUGUUCCACCUGCUAUAAUAACUGAUCAAAUUCGCGACGAGGUAAGACGUCGAGCUAACGGCAUUGCCAGCUAUGCCUUAAGUGAAGACGACAAUCUAUUGGCGUUCGCUUUAGCAGCGCCAAGCAUACACACGGUUGUGGUUAAAUUUAGAGAUAAUGUUACGAUACCACCGGAGCAGACACAUAAUCGUGGAUUUUUAGGUUCCUAUUGGCGGGAAUUGGGACAUGCGUGGAAUAGCACUGACGAUACUCAAGAAUGGGGAGCACCGUUCAGGGAUUGUAAUCUCUUAGUAGGAAGAUGGUUGUGGCCUUUUCGUUUAUCAUUUUCAGAGUCGAAAAUCAAAAUUGUUGCCGCGGCCUUUAUAGCCGCUGAUGAAGAUGUCUGUAAUGACGGUUUAGAGCUGAUUUUCGGAAGAAGACAUGGUUGUGAUCGUAAUACCACCUUUUGUUUAUUAACCGAAAACAAGCCAGCCGCCACACGGGAUGUUUACACCUGUAUUUGUAAGGAAUCUUAUUAUUUGCCAAAUUCAUCACUGCAAGGUUUUCGAGGGGAUAUCGUUGAAAUGUCGGACGGUUUUGACAACUAUUCUUGCGUACCCUGCCCAGGAGGAUGCACCACGUGCGAUUCGAACGGGGUUUGUUUAUUUGGUGGACCUCAAGAAGCUGUUUCAUUAGAAAGUUUAUUGAAAGUAUCAGUUGGAUCUUUUCUGGGAGCUUGCAUUCUCUGCUGCGUGGUCUUUAGUGUUAUUGUGUUCAGACAAAGGAAGUCCAAGGCGAUUGCUUCUGGCAUGUGGACAGUUUUGGAAACUAUAUUAACAGGAAUUGUAUUACUUUACGCAUCGGUUGCCGUCCAUUUCUUUCCCGCUUCAACUGAGCGCUGUCUAGUUGAACCUUGGUUGCGUGAAUUAGGAUUCAUAACAUGCUACGGAGCUGUCAUUUUAAAGUUGUAUCGACAUUUAGUUGAUUUCCGUACAAGAAAAGCACAUCGCUGGGUGUUACGUGACGUGGAUUUACUAAAGUAUUUAGGGACAAUGGUAUUUGCUGUCGUCUGUUAUAUGUCAGCUUUUACUGCCUCUUCGUUGGACUUAAUCGAAGCAGCACAGCUAGAAAGUUUACGCGAGGUUCACACCAAUACAUGCCAACCGCUUAAAUGGGAAGUUGUAACCCAAGUUAGCGAAAUGCUUAUUCUGUGCUUUGGUUUGCAUUUAGCGUUUUCAAGCCGCAACGCCAACACGCACUUUAAAGAACGACAAUUUCUUGUGGCCACAUUGGUAAUUGAAUUCCUAGUUUCUUCCACCUUCUACCUGCUCCGAUUUUUUUAUUUGCCUAUUAUGAGCCCGAGCGCUAUAUUUUUGGCUUUGUUUUUACGCUCCCAACUGACAAAUACUGUUGCUUUGGCCUUAAUAUUUGUGCCCAAAUUGUGGUAUCAACACAAGCAAGUUCGUUCCCUUGCCCAUGAUCUAUCAAUACGUUUACCUGUGGAUGCUUUUAAGGGUUCUCAUGAAACUGGGCAACGGCUUGGAGCUGGCUAUGCGGGUCUUUGUGUAGGUGACCCCGAUAUUGGCGAACUUACAAUUUCGGAAAUGAGUCCGGAGGAUAUACGUGCUGAACUUAAAAGGCUUUAUACUCAAUUAGAAAUAUUGAAGAACAAAACUUUACGCCAAGAUAAUCCGCACAUAAGCAAAAGACGUGGAGGACGUAAAGCUGGUCACAGGCGGUUCUCAUUACAGAAGAAGGGCAGCAAGGAUAAGGCCCUGAGUGCUAAACAUCGAAGCAAUAAACACCAUCAAGAUAUUGAAAUUACCGAAGCUGAACCAUCUCGCACUCCCGAAGAUUCGGUUUGCAGUAACGAAGGCCCUGCGGAGACUUAUGCCGAUCUUUCUGGCGUCUCCAAAACGGCUGGUUCUCAGGCUGUUGCAGCUGUGCAGAGCAAGUGAAUAUAUUUGCUGCACAGCCGAAAAUUACUUUUAAGAUUAAAUAUGCAAAAGUGUUGAGAAAAAAAACUACUAUUAAGGGAACGACUAUGUUCGCCACGCAAAUAUAAGAUAAGAGUUGGAAAACGAAGCAAAAAAGAAAAGCCCUUUUCGCCUUUUAGGGCGCAUCUUGAAACACACUACUUGAGAAGGGUAAAUGAUAAUAAUUUUUUUUUUUCUUUAAUUUGGAUAAAUCGGUUGUAGCGUUCGUAUAACAUAAGUUUUCUUGAGACAAGUGACUUCAAAUUUACAUUAUUCUUUAAAGAUGUGUACUUUUCUUUCACUAUUUUAGACGAUUUUUUGGGUCGCUGCUCCUUUAUUGUUUUGUUAUAACUUUUGCAAUAUCUGCGCGUUGUAAGAAAAUGUAUUUAUAAAUAUAUAUAUAUAUAAUGUUAAAAAAGAUUGGAUAAAAAAUCUCGUGAAAUGCGACGGGCAAGUUUAAUACUUUUGCUUGCCUGCGUUUUGAUUACAACAAGUUCCAUCAGCUUAGAUUAAACAGUGGUUUAAGGCACAGUGGUGGCAAAUUCCUUACCUGAAUAUACUUCAAUAGUGAGAACAUUACCAAGAUCAUGUAAACACACAUAAUUUGUCAAUAAAACUAUUGAUUGUUUAAGCGAUGGGCUUGAGGAAAAAGAAAGUAUAGCACUGCAGAGGCAAAUAAGAACUACAACGUCCUUGAGAAUCAAGUCAAAAUCAGUUUCAAUUUUAGUGCUAAACUUUGAAGUGCAAAUUUAGAAAGUGCCACAACAUUGUGUUAAAGAUUUUUAUUUUCAGCCAGUUAAACAGCAAGCGAAUGAAGUGCUUAUAAAUAUUGCAUAUAUAAGUCGGCUUGUCCUUCAAAAUUCAAUUUCAGCUGUCAAUUACGUUGUAAUGCUCGACCAAGGUCCGUCUGAAAAGCAAAACCUCUCCGCGAAUACUUUGCACCUUGCGUUAUGUUUCUGAUAUUUACAAAUUAAACAGCAAAGUUAUUAUAAUCCUGUCCUUGAGUAGUGGAUGCAAAACGAUAAAAAAAAUAGAGAAAGACAAUUGAUUUACUUUAUAUUAUGCAGGAUUAAAUGCAUUUCAUAUUGUUUACAGUUGAUAUAGCGAAAGAGAUGAAGAAAAAACAUUAACAACAAAAAAUACAAUAAAAAAUAAAACAAAAUUAUUAUGUACAUAAAAAAAAUAUAUUGUGUAGCUAGAAAGCAUAGAAAAAGGAAGGGAACGGACUUUAUUAAGGCAUUUCAGUUAGGAAAUACCCACCUUUACAACGUACGCAGCAAGAGAUUUAAGCACAUUAAGUUGAGUCAGAACUUACGUAUUCGAAAACAGUUUCCAUUCUAAAUCAAGUGAUUAUAAUUUUUUUAGUUUCUUCUAAGACACUAUAUUAUUUAUAGACUGUGUAGCAGGUUUAUGCGGCAGGGCGUAAUCUGUCUUUAAAUGAUUAUAAUAACAACAAGUUGUGUAAUAUUUGAGCUUAUUAGAAAUGCGUUAACGACUAAAGAUUAUAUCAAAUACAAAAAGUUUUUUCCAUCCUCUUACUCCUUAUUAGAUUAUAUUAUUCCAUAUUUAAUCGUAGCAAAAUUACGGUGGAAUCGCUCAUUAAUAAUAAAUCGACGUUCUUUGCCAUUUUUUGAUAUCCUUUUAAAUGUUCACAAAAAAGAUAUAUUCCUCUUCAGUUUUUUAUUAUCAAUGUUUUAGCUAUUGAAAAUUUAAUUUAAUUUAUGGAAAUGUAUUGAUAAACAGUUUUUACGUGUCUUAAGUUAUCUAUAAAUAAAAAUUUGUGUAGAUUUUUGUAAAUUUGCUACGGUGUUGGACAUAUUUAUAAAGAUCGAGUCUACCCUUAUGGAUAAUGUGUGUUACAUUACUAUCAGAAAUCCAAUGUCGUAGAAGAAACAAAUGAAAAAGAAAAGCGAAAAUCUAUAUUCGCUUUCGGACGAAUCUUGGAUACUCACCACCUAGUUUUAAAGUAAACGACUUUUUUUAUUCAUAUUAUAGGGCGUGUCGUCUUAUUCUACCUUCUAAGCACAAGCAUAUUUUCAGUUAACUUUCAUCACAUCACUGAAUGUUGGUUGGCAGUGGCGCCAAAUUCUGCGUUUUGUCUGAGCCCUCGACAAUUCCAACGAGCACAAAUUGGGUUUUGCAUAUAAACAAUUUUACGCCAUGAUCAGGAUCGAAUAUUUAUGACGAAAUUCUUUAAACGUUAGUAGACUUUAAAAAUUGAAAGGUUAAAAUAAACUAGAACCGAUGUCGUAAAAGAAAGACUCACAUUGCUGCGACUCCCUCCUUUAUAUUAUUUUUAAAAUCAUUUACACAAGCCACGACUAUUUGAAACCUCGUCUCAAUUCGUUGCGCAGGGCGAGAAUUAUUUUAUUCAAGCGUUUGUCGUGGCUUACCAAGUGGAACCAAAUAUUACGCUCCAAUAAUUUUUUAAAGCCUACUUUCUUAUUAAUUGCAUUUUUCAGCAUUAUUUCCAUUUGCACUCAGCUUUUUAGCUUUCUCUCUUUCUCUAAAUUCUUCUCUUUACGACCGAAUCCAAAAUUUUCGUCUUCUUUCUUCUUGUAAAUUUGUAGCAUUAUUUAGUAAAGAAUUUUUUAUAGAGCAUUUCUUAUGCACAAACAUAAUAUUCUAAACUCUUACGACUGUGUUCAUCUUCAGGAAAAAUCUAGUUUAUUUAAAAAAAAACUAAAAAUAUUGCCGCUUCGAACUUACAAUGAACUAUUUGUUAUAAAAUUAUAGAGAAUUCCAAACCAAAAACGGUUCCAAAAAUCCUGUUAUAAUCCUUUGCGUUCAUAAAUUAAAUUUUUAGCCGAAAUCACUUUACAGAUGAUGAGUAUCAAAUAUUCGGACCACAUUUUCUUAUUUUUUAAACAAAUACUGAAAAGCAAGUUUUUUUUUUAACAACACUUCACAUGAUGGAUACGCGUACGUCCGUGCUUAUGUAGUCAAAAAAAAAAAUAGUGGAAAAUAUAUAUGAAAGUUGCUUUCUUC